AUGUCUGCGUCAUCAUCGCGCAAAAGACACUCCAUCGCAGACCGUUCCGGAUCUAAUGAAGAAAAAGAAGACACUGUGCCGCGUAAGAGAUGCAGACAGCCAUCAUCAGAUCCUUUUUCAACUUUGCCCAACGAGGUGAUGAUCAAGAUAUUCUCGUAUUUGACACACGAGGAGCUAUACAAAACUGCAAGGUGCGUCUGCACAAGGUGGUACGUUCUAGCCUCGGCGCCAGUUUUGUGGAAGACGAUCACCGCUCAGCAAAACGUGCCUUCUAACGUUCUGUUAAAGUGGUUGGAACAUUCGCCGUUGCUGCAGGAGCUGAAUCUGACAGGCCGAGAUGAUGUAGACGUAGUCACCGGCAAGGUAUCGAGACACUGCAGGAAGUUAGAAUCGUUAAAAAUCGAAAACACCGGUCCCUGCAAACUAUUGAGAAGCAGCAACUUGUGUCGCUUAUUGACGAAAUGCAAGCAGUUGAACAACUUGCAUUUCAGUGGCGUGAAAAUCCUGUCGUGUAAAUUUUUCAAGCUGUUCUCUCGCCGCAAGCACUCCGGAAUGAAGAGAUGCAGUUAUCACGGGCCUGUGAGUCAAAAGCAGAUGAAAGCUUUGAUAGAAUCGAUCAUCAAUAGCGAUAAUUUCGAGGCUGCAACUCUGGUCACAGCGGAUAACAGAAAAAUCCCGAUAAAAACCCAAUCGAAUCGCGAAUUUGUGAACGUUCCUGUAACCGUCGAAAAUAUCUGGCAAGACGUCACCAGCAACAGCGUUAAUGACUUCACCGAUGUUGACGACGCUGAUUACGAAGCUGAUUUAGAUGAGUGA